CAUUCCGGACGUCGUCAACCACAUACGUACUUCCCUCACUUUCCCCUCGCCGCCAACUAUCCGUACGACGUCGAAGACGCUCUCGUAAUGUGGAUCAACCUCUGUCUCUCCACCGCCCGCAAAAUCAAGCUUCAGCAGCACCCGACCAUCCCACGCGAAAUAGACACCCUCGGAACGGGGCUCAUGUCCGGCCACGUCCUGUGCGUAGCGGCUCAGCUCUACUUUCCUUCCCACAAAGCCGGCAAACCAUCAAAGGAAAGGAGCUGGGAAUACUUUACGGCAUUAUGCGAGCGGAUACCAGAGAUGACCAUCACGUGGAAUGCGGCGGAGUUGUGGGAGUACGCAACGAGGGCCUCGGCGGAUACAGGUCCGUUGAGGCUUGUGUUACUGGCGAUUGUGGUCGCGCUUUUUGGGGCAUGUCAGGGGAGAAAACCUGUAACGAAAGCGGAGAGUGAAGUGGAAGCUGCUGCUGAGUAUGUGGCAGAGGACACACAUGCGGACGAGCUUUCGGAAGCAGUGACGGCCAUCGCGGACCACAGCCUGAAGGCAGCAUUACCGUCCAAUCUUCAGGCAGAUGCACCUGCGUCUGUUUGCUCAGAUGCCGGUAUCGCGAAACCAUCCGCGACGAAGCUCGCAGAGCACCAGGGGAAUGAUAUUAACCGUGCAGCCGAUGCAAAAGCAAAUGGUUCGCGGAAAAAGGGCAAAACAGCAAAAACAGAUUCAGCUGAGAAAUCUUCAACCCGAAAAGACAAGGAAGCCCCGAAAGUUACAGACGCUCCGACCGCACAUUCCAUCGGGAAGAUUUCACCGCAACAAAACAAUUCGCGGGCGAACAGUGCGCGAAAACCCGCAGCAGCGGUGCUUCCCAGCGGAAAGAGCCUCACGCCGAAGAACUUGGAGUCUCAGUCGAACGACAUCGCAGCAAGCGCAAAAGCGUUUCUGACGGUUCCGCACGCUGACGGGAAUCCUUCUCGACGCAGUUCUGCUGCGAACAUCUCAACUGUUCGGAGCGCUCAUUCUAGGGCCCAUGAACUGAAUGCGCACGGGAUGGAGCCGGAAUCACAGGAAGUGGUGGAAGACAUGUUGAGCGAUGCAGUCAUCUCAAACCAGCUAUUGAACUCACCUAUCGCACCUGGCACCCAAACGAAUGAAUCGAGAGAAACCCAUAUCGACCAUGUGCAGGGUCGUUCCCAUGCGAAUGCGGAUACGGCUGUCAACGACGAUUCCCAAAAUGACGAAUCGGAAAGCAUCAUUACCGAAACCCAGAAAUAUUCCGCGGUGGCUGUAGUGAGUCGGGCACGAGACCAGGACUCAGAUACAUUAUCCUCGAGCCCGUCGUCGCGAGCAAACCCGCCACCCCAAUUGUCGAUCGACAAACCACCCGACGGUCCCCAGCACUUAGCGAUCGCGCGUGAUACAAAAGCGGACCUAACCAAGAGCGCAGCAUCUACCCACACACCCUCAAAGAGCGACAUCGCAGGUGCCUGGCUACAGCACGCCUCUACGACGCUGGAAACCCACAAAACCAGUGUCGAGGCCAGGCCCUCUGCCCAGGUUUUCAGAACUCCGAUGAGAGGACAGGAUCUUGCGACGUCCAGCUCGAAUCGGCCCAGAGAGGACAGUUCAGAGGCGGCAACUGCAGGCCAGGGCCGAUGGCUCAAGCCGCAUGUUGAACCAUCCAAAUUUGUGAUAACACAAAGGAGGAAGAGUCAAGCAUCGCCAUCACGAGCUCAGGAAACUGCAACGUUGCUGCCACAACGUGAGAAACCUGUAUUGAAAGAUCUGAUGAAGUCCCAUGCCCCAAAAUCUCAACCGAAAACCAUCGAAGACGAGAUGCGCGAUGCUGCCAUUCCUCAGAAUGUGAACAGGAAAGCAUCUGAAGUAUCCCCCAAAACGAACGACGGCGUGACCAGUAACAGAACAUUAACCAACAGCCGCAGACAGCCGUUGGAGAGUUUGAAGAAGCCUGCGGGAACCCCCAUAAGUAGCCCCAAGGAUCAGAAAGUCACACCUUCCAAUAAACUAUCAUUUGCAUCACGAGGCGCUGCACCUUUUUGGCCGGCACGAAACCCUGUCCCAGUGCAGGCAGGUUUUCAGUCUCAGGAAGACCCCGGUGCAUCCGACGAUAAAGGGUGGGUUACGGAGGAGGAGAACUUUGGUGAGACAGCAAGAAGGCUUGAUGAAGAGAGCCUUUCUGAAACACAGGAAGUGUCUGAAGAGGAAGAGGAGGGGUGGAGCACCGAAGAAGAAAUAGCAACUCCCUCCUUACAGAACCGCCGCUCACAUCGUGCCUUAAAUACCAAAACUUUCGCGUCCCGCUCUCGCCCAGCGGCGUCUCUGAGGGCGAAGCGGAAAGAAGGCGUUGAUGAUUCGGCUCGAGCUUCGCUGCACGCUUCACCAAGGGAGAGUCUGCGUUCGACGCCACGAUUGGGCAGGAGCCGCCGGCUAUCAUGUGUGAGCCCGACAGGUAGCAAAGCAGAGAUCCUGGAGUUGAUGAACAACGAAACGAUAACAAAGCAAUCAUCACCAAUCGCUCCAGCAGCGGGCCAUGCGCUUCCGACAAGUUCGCGACCCACCGAGCGAUAUAUCCUUGGGUUGGAGAAGAAGGGUAUCGUACAUGGGCGGCAGACACGACCGGUGUCUGGCCUGCAGUUCUAUCCCCUGGACGAGUCGGAGUCAAGUUCGAGCUCUGAUGGGGAGGCGUGUCUCGAGCCAGAACAUCCAGAUCCACUUGCUGAAAACCAGCAGACGAGGCCCGGUGGUGAUGAAAGCCAGAAAGGCGACUCCAUCAUCGCCGUCACAGCAACAGGAACGAAACCGGUAGAUUCAGGACCGAAGGUGCAAAAGCCGAUGGACAGGCGCGAAGAGCAGAAGGCAAAGAAGUUGAACGCGCUCCGCCGCAUGGAAGCAGCCCGUGAGGCGGGGGUUCAUCAGAAAGCGCAGAGCAAACAAGAAGAGAAAGAAAAACGGGAGGCGUUGCGGAGACAAAGCUUGGAAUUACAAGCCCAGAAGCUGGAGGAGCGGAGUCGGCAAUUAGCAUCGAAGCGUGCAGCGGAACGAGAAAGACAAGAGCGAUCCUGCGCUGAAACUCCGCCAUCACGAGCCGCUAUCGCUCCAGCAGCCGAAUCAGCAACCCCUGUGCAGGCUGACAACGACUCCCUCGCGACAUGUGCAGCAAAGAGAUCCGUGCUUCGGCGGACGCCCACCAAAGAGCAAUCCAAUCGACAGCUGAUUAGGAACGCAUUGGUUCAUGUCUGCCUGGCUGGCAGUGUGAAUGAAAAAUGCCAGGCUGAGGUUCUGGAGGAUCUUGCAACAACCGAUGCAUCCCACUUUGUUAUCCUCUUCCAUGCACCCUCAACUCAAACCUUCCGCGGUCUCUAUUCAUACGAUCCGCAUCUUGACCAGGCCCUCAAGAUAUACCCAGGAACACAGGGACCAGACGUGUUAGAUACCAACGAGGUCCUCGCAUACUACAAGUACGAUUCAGGGGCGCGCAUAUUCAAACCUGUUCCAACGAAGAGCUUUGGAAGAAGUGUGCAUGCUGUGGCCAUUGGACGAGAAUGGGGGACUAAAAAGCUGCAGAGCACCACGGUCAAGACGAAAAAGCGGACAUCAUCGGUGGUUGCUGUAGCCAAAGUUCCUGUUUGUUAGUUGCGGCGGACUUCGGAUCUCAAUCAUCAUUUCUGUGAUCUGCAAAAUGUGCUUGGUUCUUGAAAACAGUGAAUGCCGUGAUCCUCACCUCAGUGCCAUCAUUCAUGCAGAUUCUUCAGAAAACAUUCGCAGCCUUCACAUGAUGCUCAAUUCCCU